AUGUGCUCGCACUCCUGCAGCCCCAACUCCCACCACAUCUGGCACCUGGCGGACGGCGGCGGCCGUCUGACGCUGCGGUCCCGGUGCCGCAUCGAGGCGGGCGAGGAGGUCACCAUCUCGUACCUGAGCACCGCGGAGCUGUACCUGCCGGUCCUGGAGCGCCGGCGUGCGCUCCUCCUCGCGAAGAAGUUUCAGUGUGCGUGCCCGCGGUGCGCGGACGACCUGGACGACACCCGCGCCUUCGAGUGCCAUCGCUGCGGUGGGGAGGCGUUCGCCUCCGUCACGGCCACAUUCCACGUCCCUGCGGAGAGAUCGGGUUUGGGAUUCCCGCUCCUCCUCGUUUCUACGCUGGCCAGACUCUGA